AGUGUUGGACACUUGGACAUCUAAGAUUUGUGACAAUCUUAAAAGGCCGCCCCUUAACGUCACGUAUAAGGUGCAGCGAAGAAGAUAAAGAUAGAUUCUUAUAUUAUUAUAUAUAUAUAUAUGGAAAAACUUCCGGUAAGGUAUUACCGGAAGAGUUCCCUAUAUGUGUGUGUGUGUGUGUGUGUGUGUAUAUAUAUAUAUUGUGUCUGUUCAUAGAAGAGGGCAAAACUUAUAUUCUCUGGAUUGGUUUAUCAAAUCCAUAUUUGAUUCUUGGGCUUAAUCAUCCUUAUUAUCCUCGGCAUCUUUUGGAUCCCACCUGCAGAAUGAAUUUCAGCCUUUUCUGCCUCAUCCUCUUUGGCAUCCAACCUCCUAUGGAGUGAAUGACUUCGUGGUAGGAAAUUCACUUUCAAGAGGAGGUGAGGGACAAUCCUUUGACGUGCCACUAAUCCUUUCCAAUGACUUUGGGGUUUCAUUGGCUCCUCAGUCCUAGUGAAAGUCUUUCAGUUUUAGAUAUUGUUGCAGCAGUAUUUUGCUAGUCAAUUCUUCCACCGUUGGAGCUAUAAACUUAAUCUCUUAUUUUUUUCCUCUUCUGUCAUGCCUUAGGGAUAAACUGCAACGAGAGUAAACAGAUUAGGUGCAAAAAAGAUAGUAAUAAAAAGCGUUAAUGGACAAAAAUCUAUCCACAGGAAAUGUUUUGUUACAGAUUACGGGAAAG